GCGAUCAGGGUAGAAGUCGAUGUGAUUCCUCUAAUAAAAAAGCUAAUAUUCGUUUCGUCAUGAACCAAAAUGGGGAAUAAGUUAGUAACAUUUACAGAUCAACAAUUAGAAAAUUAUCAGGAUUGCACAUUUUUCACAAGAAAAGAAAUUUUAAGAGUUUUUAAAAGAUUUCGAGAGGUUCGUCCAGACAUAGUACCAAAACAAAUGAAGGAAAAUGAAGCUGUUCACAUCAGGAUACCUCUCGAAGAUAGUAUAGAAAAAUUGCCAGAGCUAAACGAAAAUCCAUUUAAAAUAAGAAUAUGUGAGGUAUUUUCUCGUGAUGGAAAAGGCAAUUUGUCAUUUGAGGACUUCUUAGAUUUACUUUCCGUUUUCAGUGAGCAAGCUCCUAGAGAUAUAAAGGUGUUUUAUGCUUUUCGCAUUUUCGAUUUUGAUUGUGACCAACAUAUCGGGCCAGAAGAUUUAGAUCAGGCUUUGCUAUUAUUAACGAGGCACACUCAAGAGUUAAUGCCUGAAGAUAGGCAACAAAUUGUUGAAAAAGUAAUUGAAGAAGCCGAUGUUGAUGGUGACGGCAAACUUUCUUACAUGGAAUUUGAACAUGUGAUAACUAGAGCCCCUGAUUUUCUUUCUACUUUUCAUAUACGCAUAUAAAAUGACAGAUAACUAAUGUAUCUAUUUAUAAUAUUUUUAUUAGUAACAUAAAAGAAAACAGUUUUUUUUCUAUAAAGAAAUAUUCUAAUAUAUGCUUAUUUUAGAAUUGUCUAUGUUCUUUCAUUCAGAAUAAUUUUUUGUGUUAAUUCAUAGAAUGUAUAUUU